CGGCAUAAACAACAUCACAGCGACUCUUAACGCGCAGAGCGAAGGACAAGGACACAGUACACGUUAGUUAUUUAGUCGUGCAUCCUUGCUUUGCGUUUUUUCCAUCUGAUACUUGAACGAAGAGGACAUUGUCAUAAUGGGACCAAACGACACAACUGACAUCGAGUCUCUGCAGAAAGGAGACGCUCGGCGCGGCCGGGGGCUGGACUUCUGCCUGGUUCUGUCGGUGAUAGUUUUGUUCACGGGACUAGUGGCUCUUGCAGUCGCAGGGGUCCUGGUGAUCCACGAUCUUCAGUCACAGCUGCAGCACAAGCGCGUUCAGUCUGUGCCUCCGGUGCCAGAGGCGGCGCACGUCGUUGUAGACGCACCUGGCAAGAGCCUUAAGAUGCAGAGUGUAUAUCUGGGGGCAACUUCAUAUGAGCUAAACAAUAAAACUAUGACUUUGGAUCCUCAGUCUGAGAGGCCUCUGGGAAGUAACUUUGAGUUCAACCCUGUGCGUCACACCCUGUCAGUCAAACACGGCACCUACUUCCUGUACAUGGAGGUGAAUGUCACAUGUCUGUCCCGCUGUCAGUCAGGUGUCUUCACGAUCCGGGUGUCCGAUAAACUCAGCUGCGAAAUGAAGCUCCCAAACUCCACAGACUCCCAGCCGAUACAGAGGAAGUGCUGGACAGUGACGUCUCUGAGUAAGAAGACAGAACUGCUGGCCCAGAUGACGCUCCCCCACGGGCCGCUCCCCCACUGGAGACUGGAGCUCCGAGGCUCUGGCUUUGGUUUGUUUCUGGUGAGCUAAUCAGGACCAGCACCAGUGUAACUGCUAAAGGACAGAAGAGGGGCAACAGAACCACAGACGUUCUCUAGCCCUACAGAAGUGGACCAGAAAUUUGUACUUAUUAUGGACUAUAUUUAUUGACACAUAUGAUUGUAUUUAUUUAUUUAUUAUUGUAUUUUAAGAUGUUAAAAAUUACACUACAUUAGUGUAACUUGUAUUAAGUGUUAGACACUGCAUUCUUAGCUUCCUGAAAAGAUAUUUUGUAGAACUAAUGGGAUUAUUUAUUGUAUAUUUUCUAAAUGGUGUUCAUGAUGACUAUUCUGCUGCUGUUUCUUGAAUAUUUUUCUCUCUCUAAAAUGAGUGGUGUCAGAGUGAGGGAUUGCCUUAUUUUCAUGAAUUAUCAAUAACAAUAUCACAACAUUCACAUUAUAUACAAUUAAAGUUACAUGAAUGUCACUGCAAUUUUAUACUUCUGAACAAUAUGAGAAAGUGACCAUGGCAAACCCUCGGAUGGAAAAAAAAAAUUGUCUGCAAUGGGAAAGUUCCCUGUCGAAGUGGCUAAUGCCGAGAACUAGAUCAACACAAUUUCCUGUUUAUUUACUUUGCGGCUACAAAAUAAAGAGCUGAAUUUGCAGCUAUCUGUAAAACAAAACAUUGUUUUGGUAUACAUUUGAAUUUAAAGUGUGUAAUAAACACUUUGACACUUAUAAGGAUCAUUAUUGCC